GUCUCCUCUCCAUUAGCCUCCAGGAACUAGAGUGAGAGAACUAGAGUGAGAGGGAGGGAGAUAUGGACGGGGCGGGCAAAGGGCGGAAGGCGCUGGCGGAGGUGGGGAUCCAGAUGCCGGAGGCGGCGAAGGUGGCAGUGGCGGUAGACUCGGGAACAAUGAGCGGGCCGCUGGUGCCUGUGACAGGAAGGCCGGACGGCGCCGCCGCUGCCGGGAGGCGGUGGGACAUUGCCGGAGCGGCGAUGCGGGCGGCAACGGUCGUCUCGUCGCUUUUGGCUUUGGCGCUGAUGGUCUCGGCGGAGCAGCGUGGGGAGCUCUCGCUCUUCGGCUUCCAGCUCCCGCUCCACUCCAAGUGGUCGUUCUCCGACUCCCUCGAGUAUCUGGUGGGGAUCUCGGCGGCGGUGGCGGCGCAUUCGCUGCUGCAGCUACUAUUGAGCGUGAGGAAGCUGGUGAAGAAGGCGCCUGUCAUCCCGUCCCGUCGUCACGGCUGGGUUAUAUUUGCUGGCGAUCAGGUCCUUCUCUUCAUGACUUGCAGAAGCUCAUGUCCCUCCCAUCCUUUCUCAUUUAAAAUAAAGAACGUCCCCGGCAGCAAUCACAUCAGCAGGCUUGGCAUCCUCUCUAUUGUGGGCUUAUGGGUAAAUAAAAGGCUUUUGCAUAUGCUAUGAUGAGCGCGGGCUCAGCUGCAGCUGGGAUAACCAACUUAAACCGCACAGGGAUCCGGCACACUGCACUUCCAGACUUCUGCAAGCCUCUGCAUCGGUUCUGUGACCGCAUGGCUAUCUCAAUUACAUUUGCUUUUCUUAGCUGCCUCCUCUUAGCUACUUCUGCAAUUCUCGAUGUGCUUUGGUUAUCUAAGUACUGAGUGCUUUAAAACCCCACUUGCCGCCAUACCUGUGUUCCAUGUAAAGAUCAGCUAAAUUUUAGAGUAUAUUGGAUCUUUUGGUCAGAAUGGAUGAUCUAAAAUAUCGAGACUUGCACUUGUAUGUGAUUGUGUUACCAGGUUAUCAAAAUCUUUUGGUUUGAAAUUUA